AUGGGCGGCGAGCAGGAGGCAGCCUGCUCGAUGAUGGCCAUGGCUGGGGUCCCUGGCACCACGCCGCCUCAGAACAAGGGUACCUUCAAAGAUGUACUGGACCGGUUGGGCGUGAACAAUAUACUUGGCGUAAGGGGCAGUGACGAUGUUGCCUGCAGAGGCCCUGCCGACAAGACCUUGGUCAAGUGUGAGGUGCCUCCAGAGUCUCAGAUGUUGCGGAUGGAGUGCACGCCAGAGGGAACUGGUGAAGAUGUGGAUGCAAUGAAGGAGAAUCGAGCUGGCUCGAUCGUUGACCGUUUUUUGAUGCGAGAUGUGGCGAGUUUCCAUGCACAGCUGAUGCAGAAUGCUGGCUCCCAGUGCUACUGGCAGCCCAUGCCUGUGUCUCAUUCGGGUUCGGAGGGGCAGCCCUCUGCAGAAAGGGUGGAUUCCCUGAGUCAAUGGCUGCCUGUGUCCCCUUCGACAACAGACACACCGACAUCUGCGUUGGGUGGAGGGUUCCAGUUCCAUUUCCCUGGUGAGCCAAUGUGGCUCACAGACAUUGGGGGCAACCACAUUCCCCCAGCGUAUGUGCUUGGUGAUGUUUCCAGAUCGUCUGGCAGCAUGGAUCACCAGGUCGUGUUAUCGUCCCCGAUUUCGAGCCAGUGCAUUGCCAGGGCCAAUUCUGGGUGGUCUCAACAGCACAUUCCCCACAAGGGACUGGACUGUUGGCCAAAGCCGGAGGAGGACUCGGGCCCAAAAGAUCCCAGGCUGGCAGCGAUGGGUCGCGCGAAGGAGGAGCCAGCAGCGCCGCCUGCAGCAGUCCUCCUUGAGGCCGACCUUGCCCCCAGCAGGGUUCCAUGGCCAUUUUCCAGCGACCCUCGAGCCUCAAACAAGGACCCUUGGUUGCCCGUCAGCGUGGACGGCGACCUAUUUUCCAAAAUGACCAUGGUGGGCCCCAUGGGCUGGUCGUCUUUGACAGGGGCUACGCUGAUGUCGGCAGCAGAGGUGGAGGCCCAGGAGGCUGCCCUGAGGUUGCUGAUGCAGCAGUCAAGUGACUCUAGGCGAGGCCGUGGACGUGGACGUGGGCGUGGCCGCGGACGUGGCCGCGGUCGUGGCCGGGGCAGGGGCCGGGGUGAAGUUGGGGUGGGGUCGAAGAGGUCAGCCAGGCAGGGUGCGGGCGCGCGGCUCGCAUCACUUGUGACUCAGGAGGCCAAGAGUCUGCAGGUGAUGGAACGUGAGGCCGCAGAGGCCAGGAAGGAUGCAGAACGGGCUGCCAUGCUCGAAAGAGCAAUGGCAAAGAUGGCAAGGCAAGCUGCUGCUGCGGCUGGUGACUUGCCAGCUUUGGUGGCCUGCACGAAGAAGAGAGGCCGGCCACCAAAGUGGUUGGCAGAGAUAAUGCAGGCACUCAAGAAGGGGGGAGCAACUCCCGCUCUGCAGAGCUCCAGCCAAGAAGACCACACCACAGCCGAGCCAGCUUGUCCAUGGACCAUCCCCAGGAGUGUGCGAAAACCAAAGAGCCACCAGCCGAUGCCAGAUUCGAAGUCAGAGGCUGGAUCAGACUCUGAUGAGAAUAUGGAGUUGCUGUAUGGUUGUCCUUCCUGCGAUUUCAACUGGACUGGGUGCCAAAAAUGCCUUGAUAUGAAGCCUCUGGCGAGCCGUCCUGAAUCAAGAUACAAUCCCAAACAGGCACGAAUUGUGGACGUGCCAAGUGCGCCAGUUUACCAUCCAACAGAAGAGGAGUUCAGUGAUCCGAUGAAGUACAUUUCCACAAUCCGCCCGGAGGCUGAAAAGCAUGGCAUAUGCAUGAUUGUUCCCCCUCAACCGUGGGACCCUCCUUUCAACUUGAAGGACGACCUGGACGGGAAACAGCAGGACUUCAAGUUCUGCCCAAAGGUCCAGUCGACGAACAGCCUGUGCGUGCGGCCGCCGGACCUCUGCAGCCCGUCGUCCAGCAGGUCGGGCAGCGAAGACGACGACGACGGGGGGGACUACUUCGGCUUCGCCCAGCUCGACGAGGCGCACACGCUGAAGUCCUUCCUGUCGUACGCAACGUGGGCCAAGAAGUCUCACUUUUCCGCCGGCGGCGCGACGAAUCGAGGAGACGAACCGGCCGAACAAGCGGCGAACCGGGCAGACAAGUCGACGGUGCAGACGGCGGCAGGGGCAGGCGACCCGUCGGCACAAGUGACGAACGGAGCAAGCGAACCAACCAUACGAACCGUACUGGCGACGGAAGGGGCGCACGAACCGUCGGUAGGAGCGACGGACGGAGCGAACGAACCGACUGUGCUGGCGACAGAAGGGGCAGACGAACCUGCGGCAGGAGCGACGAAUGGGGCAGACGAACCGGCAGGGCAGGCGACGGAAGGGGCAGGCGCGGCGGUGGUGGAGGCUGGAAAGGGGACAUGGGAGCCCUCUGUGCAGGACAUCGAGGGGGAAUUCUGGAGGAUCGUCGAGGCGGCGGGGAAAGGGGAGGAGGUGGAGGCACUUUACGGAUCUGACUUGGACUCUGGAUCGCUGGGCAGUGGUUUUCCCAGGGCCCCCGGGCCCGGUGAGUCGACAGAAGACUGCGACACGGAUGCCGUGAUGUCGUACAGGCAUCAUCCCUGGAACAUUAACCGUUGGCCCCAGUGCCGCGAGUCAGUGCUGAAGCAUGUGGUGGGCGAUGAGCCCAUCACAGGUGUCAUGGUGCCCUGGCUGUAUGUGGGCUCCUGCCUUUCGGCGUUCUGUUGGCACAUUGAGGACCAUGCGCUGUACAGCGUAAACUACAUGCACACAGGUGCAACCAAAGUCUGGUAUGGCGUGCCAGGGCAUGCAGUGGAGCAAUUCGAGGCUGCGAUGCGGGAUGCACUUCCACACUUGUUUGAGGUGGACACGAACCUGUUGCACAGGCUCGUGACACACCUAUCACCAGCAGAGCUGCAGGCGCGGGGUGUGCCUGUAGUCAGGGUGGAGCAGAAUCCUGGCAAUUUUGUCCUCACCUUCCCAAAUGCCUACCAUGGUGGUUUCAACUGUGGCUUCAACGUUGCAGAGGCGGUCAAUUUCGCAGCCCCCGACUGGCUGCCCCAUGGGUCUGACAUUAUUCUCAAGUACAGGCAGCAGAACCACAAGACCACGUUCUCGCAUGACGCGCUGCUGCUGUCCCUUGUCGCUGCAGCAACUACCCAGGAGCACGAUGCGGAUGUCCUAGAGAGCAACUGUUCCCAUGAGCCACAUUGCAAUAAAAAUGCGACUUGUGGUGGGGUCAGUGGCAGUGGUGAGGCUGUGAAGGGGGACAGUGGUGCUGGGCUGGGUGCAGUGCAAAAGCCGAGCUUGGGUUCAUUCUUGGAUGAACAAUUGGUUGCUGAUCCACGGAGGCAAGGUGGAGCUGCGGAUUCUAUUCACACCUUUGGGGUUCACAACAAUCGCUGCGCUGAGCCUGAUGGACCAUCCUCGAGGCCCCUAGCAAAUGGUUGUGCUUUUGCUCAAGGUGUCAGUGUGGGAUGCAAGAAACCUGCUACCCAAGAUGUGUGUCCCCUAACGAUCAAGUAUGGCAUUGGGGAACUGGUUGUCAGGAUUGCAGAGGAAACCCGUCGUCGUAACGUGGCCAAGGAUGUGGGGAUUGACAAGGAAAGGAGGAUGUCAGGGGAGCUAUAUGAGAAAGACGACACUGGUAUCCACAUGAACACCAUGGACGUUGAUUGUGGGCUUUGCAAGGGCGACCUGUAUUUGUCUUCUGUUGUUUCUCCUGUUGCCCCUGGAGUUGCUGUGUGCCCGGACCAUGCAAGUCUCCUCCCUGGGCAUCGUGUUCUAUUGUAUAGGCACACCAUCGAUGAGUUGCAGUCCAUGGUGGCCACUGCCCUCGCAGUGUUCCCAGACGCCGCAUCCUUCAUCGAGGCUGCCCAGGAGCGCGCCUCUGCCUCUCGGCCAACCUCCAUCUGCAAGAUGGGCCCCCUGUACCAACUUGACGAGCUCGAGCCCUUAGAAGCUGCCAAGCCGCCAAAGAGGGGUCCGCCAGGCCCCCUGGAGUCGCCAGACUCCAAGCGGGUGCGCAAGGUGCCAACCCUUGUUGAGAACACAGCCGGUGGCGUUGUGAGUGACAAGUGUGGCCAUUUCCCUGUGCAGAAUGGCGUGGCGAUGGCUGUGCCCCGCCCACAGGUUGCCCUUGGCAUGCUGGCAGAUUUGAGCACCGCUCCGCCGGCUUUGGCAAUGCCUCGGGUGCAGAAAGGGUGCACUCAUGGGAGGGGAGAGGAUUUCGGGGAGGGCAGCCAGAGAGCAACUUCUGAGGAUGGGUCGGAGCCACAGCGCACGUAG